CGCGGUGCGGAUUGAAUGAGCGCGCCGCACCGGGGCAGCCGAGGGGAUCCGCGCGCCGCCGCCUCCGCCAUGGCGUCCCUGCCGCCCCGCGCAGGGCCCGCCACGCCGCUUUCGCCCGCGCGCCUGUCUCGGCUGCAGGAGAAGGAGGAACUGCGCGAGCUCAACGACCGCCUGGCGCACUACAUUGACCGCGUCCGUGCUCUCGAGCUGGAGAACGAUCGGCUGCUGCUACGGAUCUCCGAGAAGGAGGAGGUGACCACGCGCGAGGUGAGUGGCAUCAAAGCCCUGUAUGAGUCGGAGCUGGCUGACGCCCGGCGCGUGCUGGAUGAGACAGCCCGGGAGCGUGCACGGCUGCAGAUUGAAAUGGGGAAGCUGCAGGCUGAACUGGACGAAGCCAGGAAGAGUGCCAAGAAGCGGGAAGGUGAACUCACGGUGGCCCAGGGCCGCGUGAAGGACCUGGAGUCCCUGUUCCACCGUAGCGAGGCAGAACUGGCUUCAGCCCUCAGUGACAAACAUGGGCUGGAGACCGAUGUAGCUGAGCUCCGAGCACAGCUAGCGAAGGCAGAGGAUGGUCACGCCGUGGCCAAGAAGCAGCUGGAGAAGGAAACGCUGAUGCGUGUGGACCUGGAGAACCGCUGCCAAAGCCUGCAGGAGGAACUGGGCUUUAGCAGGAGCGUGUUCGAGGAGGAGGUGCGGGAGACCCGACGGAGGCAUGAGAGGCGCCUGGUGGAAGUGGACAGCAGCCGGCAGCAGGAGUAUGACUUCAAGAUGGCGCAGGCCCUGGAGGAGCUGCGCAGCCAGCAUGAUGAGCAAGUGCGGUUGUAUCGGCUAGAGCUGGAGCAGACGUACCAGGCCAAGCUGGACAAUGCCAAGCUGAGCUCUGACCAGAAUGACAAGGCGGCCAGUGCCGCCCGUGAGGAGCUCAAGGAAGCCCGCAUGCGCAUGGAAUCCCUCAGCUACCAGCUCUCAGGCCUCCAAAAGAAGGCCAGCGCUGCAGAGGACCGUAUCCGCGAGCUGGAGGAGGCCGUGGCUGGGGAGCGCGACAAGUUCCGCAAGAUGCUGGACGCCAAGGAGCAGGAGAUGACGGAGGUGCGCAACGCCAUGCAGCAGCAGCUGGCUGAGUACCAGGAGCUGCUGGACAUCAAGCUGGCCCUGGACAUGGAGAUCAGCGCCUACCGCAAGCUGCUGGAGGGCGAGGAGGAGAGACUGAAGCUGUCCCCUAGUCCGUCUUCCCGGGUCACCAUCUCUCAGGCCACCUCAAGCAGCAGCAGCGGGGUUGGCAUGUCCGUGGGGCGGGGCCGGGGCAAGCGCCGACGCCUGGAAACUGAGGACACCCAAGGUUCACGCAGCAGUGCCUCAGGCUCGGUCUCAGGCAUGGGCGUGGGCAGUGGCUCCCGCCUCGCACAACAGGCCGCGGUCUCAGGUGUCGUGAGCAUCGACGAGGUGGACCUGGAGGGCAGGUUCGUGCGACUCAAGAACUCCUCGGACAAGGACCAGUCUUUAGGGAACUGGAGGAUCAAGAGACAGGUCCUGGAGGGUGAAGACAUCGCCUACAAGUUCACGCCCAAGUACGUCUUGCGGGCUGGCCAGACAGUCACGGUGUGGGCAGCUGGCUCAGGGGUCGCCCACAGUCCCCCAUCAACCCUUGUGUGGAAAAGCCAGAGCAGCUGGGGCUCUGGGGAGAGCUUCCGCACUGUGCUGGUCAACGCAGAAGGAGAGGAGGUGGCUGUGCAGGCCAUGAAGCAGGCAUCCGUUGAGGUGAGCGAGAACGGGGAGGAGGAGGAAGAGGAGGCGGAAUUCGGUGAGGAGGACCUUUUCCACCAGCAGGGGGACCCAAGAACUACCUCGAGGGGUUGCCGGCUGAUGUGAGACCUGCCCCACUGUCACCAAGGUCCCCACAAAAGUCCCUGAAAUUAUUUUUUAUAGUCAGCUCUCAUAGUCCUUGGUCCAUUUCUAGAUGACUAUUGAGCAGCCGUGAGAAUGUGGGGGGCUUUCCCUGCAGGCUUCACCCUUCCUGUGUCCCCUGGUUGACAUAGAGGCCUGGGUCAGGAACCUACAGGCUGUGAGGGCCUUGGGCCUGUGGCCGAUGCGGUGGGGGGGGGGGGGGUCAGGAGCAUGGCUGCCUGUUCAGGGUGGACCUCGUGACGCUGCAGUGAUUGAUUUACUAGUUGAGUUUUCUUUGAAGCUUUUUAAAUCAAAUCAAAUCAAAUCAGGUUGCAGAGGGCUGUGGUGAUCACCAGCAGCCUAUCAGGACGCGGUUGCUCUUCAGACACAGGGCAGCCCCUCUACUCCUGGGGUUGGUCAGAGGGGCUCCAGCUCUGCCCUGAGCCAGCCUCAGGGCAUCGGGUCCCUUCUAAAGGUGAGGACCAAGGAGGAAAUCCACACAGGAUUGCCACUCCAGUAGACUGAAGGGGACAGACAGAUUAUGGAUGCCCCAGCCAGUGUCUACUCACACGAGUGUGGCCAGACCAGCUGUGUUCAUAGUCCCAUGUGUAUACACACUGCAUGGCCCCUCUGUGCCCCCACCCUGCUGGCUUGGCCUGGACGCUCGCUGUGGUAGAACAUAGUUCCACAAGCUCCUGGUGCCAGCUGUCACCUGUCACCUUCACCUCCCCAUCACAGACACACGGUAUUUUUUUAACGGAUAUUUAUUUUUUUACAUUAGUAAUGCAGCUCAUUGGGACGCUGGCUGCUCUGGGGGGUUUCAGGCCCAAGGCUGCCAGGAAUGGAGAUCACCUGACAUUCAGCUUCCUUGACUGAGCCGCGGGGAGUGUAUGGAGGGGGGUGUUGUCUGUCUGCUGGCACAACAGGUAGUAGUUCAGGCCCAGACUCCCGAAGGCAAGAUCUCUAGGCCACAGGAUGCCACCACUGCCACCGACCCCUCACAAGAUAGCUCCGUUUUCCUUAAGUGACACGUGUCGGAUCUGGACUGUGUGUCUAGUUGGUUUCAGGAGUGUGGGCAGGCUGCAGUCUCCACGCAGCUGUACCUGCCCACAGGGCAGGUGCCCUCUGGUGCACCCGGCUGGAGCUGUCUCCCAUCUGUUUGCGAGCGGGGCUGGAGUAACCCUCAACCCCACAGGGGUCCUGUAUUGGUGCCAGCAGGCAAGGCGGUUACAGGGGUGGCACUGCGGCUGGGGAGCAGCCUGCACUACGCACAUCGCUCAGCUUUACAGGUUCUGUUUCUUUUCUAAGAUGCAUGCCAAACGUGUGUUUCGCCUUUUUCUUCCCCCUCCUAUCAUUUGUAAUAUCCAUUUUACGACUGGAACCUUUUGUACACUCAAAUAAAAAUUUUGAUUUUAA